AUGCGCUCCGCUCGUUUGGAGGCCAAGUUUGGCGCAAAGUCCGAACCCGACCAUGUACACACACCGAAGCUCCCAUCUCCUCCUGGCACAAAGACUCCUCCGACAGUGUCGCAUACUCGUGCAAACGUCAACAAUGACAUCGACAACGACAACAUUGCCAACCAAAAGAAUGCAACAUCAACUUCGCGCAAAACAUCCGAAGCCGUCGACCCGGAUGCCUUGAGCAAAGCACUUCAGCAAUUCGAGGAGGCCGGCCGGAAUAGGGAACAUACUCCUGGAGAAAGUCCCAAGCGCAAANGGCAGCGCGUCUACACAGACCGCUUUAUACCCAACAGAGCUGGCCAGGACCUCCACGCCAGCUAUAACCUGCUGCACGACCAAGGCUCUCCGGCCACACCACAUCGAGCUAUCAAGAAGCCGCCCGCCAACGAGCUCCACGUUCAAAAGACCGACGAGGCCAAUCGAACCUAUUCAUCCAUCCUCCGCUCCGAGAUGUUCAACGACGAGAUACCCCAAUCCAUCCCGCAGCACGACAAGUCGCUUACGCCUCCCGCCAACUUCAACCUUACUCCUUCCACGCCGCACAAGAACCUCUUCUCGUACAAGUCUACACAUCCUACACCUUCGUUGACACCACGCUCGCAUUCACGUACCGAACGAGGGCCCAACAUCAAUGCUCGCUCCGACAUAUACAGCUUGUCACCCGUCAAGUACUCGUCACAAUCCAUGCUACUCUCGCCGCGCAAGACGCCUAGAGCUGUCAGCAAGGUUCCCUACAAGGUCCUCGAUGCCCCCGAACUGGCCGAUGACUUCUAUCUCAAUCUUGUCGAUUGGGGUUCAAGCGGUGUGCUGGCCGUCGGUCUGGGUGACAGUGUUUACCUAUGGAAUAGCGAGUCUGGAAAAGUCGAGCAGCUGUGCAAGUUGACAGCCGACACCGUUACUAGCGUUGGUUGGAUACAAAGGGUGCGUAUCACCGCGGUACUGUCUUGUGCAAUUGACGCUGACGUUAAUAGGNGCUCACAUUUAGCGGUUGGCACGGGUAGGGGACACGUCCUCAUCUUCGAUACAAUCACGCAACGGAGGUUGAGAACCAUGAUAGGCCAUUCGGCUCGUGUCUCUUCGCUUGCCUGGAACGCUCACAUCCUCUCCACAGGCAGUCGCGAUCGUACCAUCCUCCACCGCGAUGUGCGUUCACCGCAACAAUACCUUACCAAGCUUGUGGGUCACAAGCAAGAAGUUUGUGGCCUGCGCUGGAACAGUGACACGAACCAGCUGGCAUCUGGUGGUAACGACAACAAAAUCUUCAUCUGGGAUGGCCUAGGCGAUCGCUGGUUGCAUCGCUGGGGCGAACAAGAAGGGGGCCACAAGGCUGCAGUAAAGGCCAUUGCAUGGUCUCCACAUCAACGUGGCUUGCUCGCGAGUGGAGGCGGUACGGCAGAUCGCUGUAUCAAGUUCUGGAACACAAUUUCUACAGCUCAGCAUUCUGCAAACGCCGCCCUGACGAGCGCAAAUUCGACACAUGCGCAUCUGGACCUCACAUCCGCCUCUUUGUCGGCACUGCCGCAUCACGCCUCUCCCGACCCAACGGCCUCAACACCUCAAAACCCCCAUCUUUUGCGUACUCAUGACACCGGCUCGCAGGUCUGUAAUCUCCUCUUCUCGACUUUGACUUCGGAGCUCGUUUCGACCCACGGUUUCUCCCAACACGCCAUCAACAUAUGGAAAUAUCCAUCCAUGUCUCAAGUGGUCAGCUUGACUGGCCACACAUAUCGUGUACUCUAUCUUAGCAUGAGUCCCGACGGCAGUGUGAUUGUUACUGGAGCUGGAGAUGAAACACUCCGCUUCUGGGACGCUUUCGGCGGCGUUGGCAAAGCCAACAGGAACGACAACAGCGUGACAGGCAAGGGAAGUCUCGUCAAGGAGUGGAACGUGAUUCGGUAA